AUGUGUGAAACCAUGGACAUCAAAUUGGGCUUGGGACCGGAUCACGAUUCUGACGACGAGAGUCGUUAUGUGUAUGACGAGAGGGACAACUGUGAUCACCUGCAGCUUCCCAAUGGCGAUCCCGACGACCAUGCGAGGUUCAUGUUUUUCAGGGAGAGGUUGUGGGAGAAAUACGGAGAAUGGAGGCCCGAAACUCAUCUGGGUUACCAGCCCUACAUGAAACGGGUAGUCCCUAUCAAAAAAAAGAGGGUGAUGAAACCAAGUCGGUUGGGCCGGUACUCACAACUUCAACCUGAACAGAGAAUAUUAAAGCAAAGGGAACCCUGA